AUGUCUUCGAGUGCUUGGGAUGCCGCAAACUUCGAUGAGUGGAUCGACGAUCCUGACUGGGACGAGGCCACCGACGUCGACGCCUGGAAGGAUGAAGAGGUUAUCGCACAUCUGACUAGGGAUCCGAUGGUGAAAGGUCUUCAUCUACAAUCUGCCCCUGCAAAAAAUAAGCGCCUUCUCCUUGUUCGACCCCCAUAUUUUCUCGGUACUCUCAACAUGCUUCCACCCGAACUCAUCGACCACAUCCUGGGUUUAUUGGAUCCAAUCUCCCUCCAAACCUUUGGCAGGGCAUCUUUUCAUGCCCUCUUUGUGGCCGCCCAACAAUCCGAGUAUCGCCUAUUACAGAGAGUGGCUCCUACGAUCCUCCCAAUGCUUCAUAUCACGGGUCUCGCCUAUCUACACUCAAUCCACACCGUCUGUCAAGAACUCCGCUUCCAACAUUGCCGCUCCUGCGGUGCCAGAGCAACACUUCUUUCUCUGCCAACCUGCGAACGCAUCUGUGAGAAUUGUGCUGAACUCAACCAAGCAUACUGGGGCCUCUUCCUUUCCGAAGCAAAGACCGCGUUUGCCCUCGACGACGUCGAUAUCGACCCGCUACCAAUCCUCCUCACAAACGCACGCGUCUGGCGAGGAGUGGAUCCCGAUCCAACUCAGCAGGAGACCGAAUUCGUUACAGUGAAGACUGCUCUCACUGCUGGCCUACAGAAAUGGGGGUCUCUCCAGAAUAUGAUUGCUACAGCAGAAUUGAUCUCUCCCGAUCGCUACCCUAACGCUGGGGUUGUGGAGAUCGCGCAUGCCCGGAUGUAUCGAUUUCUGAGAAAGGCCCGGCUAUAUCCGUUACUUUUUGAUCCAUCACAGGUUAAACAGACUGCAUCGAAUCCUCCUUCUUCGACUCAUCCCGGUAUGAUAACUACCCUCUUUCCCACCGUGCCGUCAGGACGGAGCAGACCUUUGUCAUUGUACCGCUGCAACGGUUGCUGGAUCAUCUGUCAAGCGCCCUAUCAGAUGGCGGACGACCAUCUUGACCUCAUGGAGAUCGAUCCAAUUGAUAGUAGUGCGGAAGAUAAGGCACGGAUCAUUCGAGGUCGGAUGUUCAUGGUGAGGACAAUUGAUGAACUGCGCGAUCAUAUUACGCAUGAGUGUCUAGGUGCCAAAUUGUUGAUGUUUCGACGACACAAAAUGCACAGAGAUGGCGAGGCCGAAGAGCAUGGUGAUGUCUUGGCGGUGGGAGGCACGGAACAUUGA